ACCAAUGACAAGGAGCUGGUGACGCAAGUCUUACGCGAUAGUCCAAAUGUGCAAGUGGACGACAGUGGCCAAAAGGUGCGCCCCAAGCAUACUCGUUGCACUGUGAUAUUACGCGAUAUUCCGGAGGAUACAAAAUCACAUGAAAUCGAGAACUUGUUUCAUCAUGAAAAAUGCCCAAAACAAAGCUUGGUAUAUCACGUUUCUAAGUGACACUGACGCUCAGAUGGCGUAUCAAUUCCUGAGAGAGGAAAUAAAAGAAUUUAAAGGACAACCCAUCGCAGCUUGCAUCAAAGCAAAACCCAUGAAUCGUCUUCCCUCCGGAUCAGGCACUUCUGGACAAGUAUCACCUACUUCAAGUGCUGGAGUGACGAUCACCUCUGGAAUGUCUGUGCUGACCACUUCAAAUGCCCAAAUGACACAAGCUCCUCCGAAUGUGAUGAAGACUAGCUUUAGACCUAACACUGGACAGGCCCAACCCGCUCUCAAUCAGGGUUCAUCGGGUUCACCAUUUCAUCCACAAGGAACAAUCAACUCGGGAAUGCCCCCAAACAUGAGCUCUGGAGCACCUGCAUUGGCCCACCAGAACCCUCACACCCAUCAUCAUCAUCAUCAUCAUCAACAGCAGCAGCAGCAUAACUCCAAUGCCAUGGCCCAGACUGCUAUGGUGACUGCAGUUGUUUCGACUCCCAUGAGCCAAGCCAGUCCUUACUCAAUGGCUAAUUCGACAACAAUGCAGCCGGCCCAAGCCAACUAUAACGGUCAAAUUCACAUUUACACCUUGCCACAACAGCAACAACAACAGCAAGGAUAUUACACUCAACCUGGCCUUUUGCAGCCUUGGUACCCCCAGCCGACUCCUAUCCCAGCCUUCAAUUCACAGGGGACCCAAAUGUUCCACGAAAAUGGAAAUAUGUAUGUGCCUCCUUAUAAACCAUUGGGUAGUCGGGGAAGCUACAAGUCGAGACGUGGUCGAGGAGGAACCUCUGCGGGAGAUCGACAAGUCAAUGAUUUGCGUAACUCGUCUUAUCAAUCUUCUGGAAGCAAUGGUGUUUUAGGAGGGACCUUCCAUGGAUAUAAUCAAGGCAGCCAUUCCCAAUCCAAUUAUUACGGUGGAUACAACCCAAGUCCAAAUAGUAUCAGUAACACCCGUGGCCCAAGGUCAUGGGACGGGGGAAAUGCACCCAAAAAGAGUUACAGUGCCUACCCGAGCGUCAACAAUGUUCAUAGUGUGAGUGGCGUAUCAGUUGGAGUUGCUGCUCCUCUAGUGGGAAGUGUUCUACCUGUCCAACAAGUGUCGGUCGCAGCCGUGGCCUCAACAACCAUCCCAAUCACUUCGAUUCCUAGUCAAUCUUCUCAGCCCUCCACAGUCUCAAUAGACGCAACUCCUCUCGUUACUCACGUAGAUACUGGGGCAAACAACACAUCGUCAGUUGUCUCUUUGGCGGGUAGUGGACACCCGAGCGUGGUCGCAAUAACCACAGUUUCGAGCCAAUCAAGCCAUGUGAAGCACUAUAACACUGAUCAGCCCCAAUCACACCCCUAUGCUUCGCAUAAUUCACACAAUGCUAAUAACACCUACUAUUCUUCGAGGUCUUCCAUGGAUUCCACAUCAAGCCGAGAUGGAGCCCCGUCGAGACGUGGAAAAAUCCGUGGUGGUGCUCGAGGUGGAGGACGAAGUGGAACUGAUGACCCCAAUGCUGGCCGUUCUGUGUCAUCAAACAGUGGAUAUGGAGGCGGAGCGCCCCGAGGACAUUCCCGUUAUCAAGGUGGUCCAAAUGGUGCCGGUUCGGCUAGUCAGGGAGGCUCGAUGACAGUUCCGGAUGCCACCAACGUAGCUGGGCAAGUUCCUGUGCCAAGACCACCUCCACCUGAGUUCGAAAUGAAAGACAACGACUUUCCGGGUUUGCCACCUGGCAAGAAGAUGAACGACGUGAUAAAUGAUUCAACCGGUCCUAAUGAGCAUGGUGCUAACCCGACUCCUGUGAAUGUUUUGGCCACUGCUAGUUUGCCGUUUCUUGACGUGGUAAAGGGAACUGCUAAAAUGAAAUCCUCAAUCAGUCGUAAGGAUUCAGAGACUUCACAUGGAGAGUCAUCGGACCCUGUAGGGUUAGACGAUCAAGAUCACGGAGGCAAGAUAGCCAAUGACUCCAGUGGACUAACUGCUUCGUCGUCCAAGACUAUUUCGAGUCCUAGUCAAGGUGGAGAGAUGGCACCUUCCAAAAGUGCAGUUCCAAUUGCAAAAGACAGUGUUGACUUGGCUCAGGUUGUCGCGUCCACGAGCCUCACUUCCUCUGGUGUGACCUUGGCCUCGGCGAGACCUUCGACAACUUCCCUUAGCACCACCAUUGCCAUCACAGCUACUGCUGCUGCUGUCUCCACUAUCCCCUCUACUCCCUCCACGAGUGCUUCAAACAGUGGUGGUGUCAAUGAUGGCCGAUAUCAAAAGUCCAAGAUCUCGCACGCAUUCAAAAACUCUAACGAGUCUGGAACUAUCAAUGAUCAAAAGGAUGCAGUAGUCAACGGAGAUAUCGGUGGAUACCCGUCUCAGGUUAACACGAAUCAAACCUCUGGAGAGAAUAGUAAUGAGGAUUCAAAGCAGAAAACCUAUGCUCAAAUCAUCUCACAACAAAAGAGGGAAGAGCGUGAGGCUGCUGAAAGAGCAGGUACUUCGCCAAAUUUGACGACGUCUACAUCUCCCUUGGGUGCUGCAGACUUUUCCUCCAGGGGGACCAAAAAACCCUCUAAAGAAGAGGGCAAACGUCAAGCCGGUGGUGCGGCGAAAGAUCAGAGUGGCCCGAAACAAAUUGAAACCAUCAACAACCCUGCUGUGACCAAUAACGUGAGUGGACGUCACCAGUCGUCAUCUUCAUCAUCAACAACAACUUCAACGUCGCCGUCCACUCCGUCUGUGAAUAUUAGUGAUAUGACCAUAGUUGCACCAACAACAGCCACUCAGAACGCCAAAAUCGCCUCCUCUGCCAAGAGUAUUGCAGCAGUUUCAUUAUCAAGUGCCUCCAGAGGAAACUCUGGCCAAAGCGAGAGCAAAAGCUCAAGUGGUGUUUCUGUCGCAGUUGGAGGGGGUGAUGACGCCAACUUGUCUACCAGCUCGAGCACCUCCGGCGGAGCGAGUGAAAAAGGACCACAACCACUACCAGCUCACCAGAAUCAAAGACCAUUGACCAAUAUGAACUUAGGGGGCAAAGGCAACAAGGUCAUUCCGGCUGUGAACACUUCCAAUGCCCCUCCCACUAUGCCCGUGACUGCAAGCAAUUCAACGGGAGGUGGAGGCAAAUGAGAGGAAGAGGCAACCUCAACUCAAGUGUCUCAAAUUUUUGUCUCCAAAACAAUUCUUCACUUCUUUGACCACCCCAAAAACAUCUGUUCAGACACACUUUGAGAACCUUAAAUGAUGAAUCGGUUGAGAAAAUGCUCCUCAUCCAUCGUUUCUCAAAUCAGUGAAUCAAAUGGCAUUGAGAGUGGUCGCCUCAUCCUUUCAAUGUGAAGAGUUAUUUCUAUUGCCACGCCUUGGGAUUGAUUCCGAUAAUUUUGAUCAUCGAAUGUGAUUUGUCCUCUAAGGAAGUUCGGCAUUGACUGCAGGACCAAUUUAUGUUACGCUUUGUGUGCCUUGGAUCGUCGAUGUUCGGAUCGGAAGAUGAGACAGAAACAAGCAAGGUUGCGAGGAAGCAUUUGAAAUGCCCAUUACGGUUUACGGUCCCAGUUUUCCGUUUCUGCUAAGCGAAAAAAAUCUUGACAGUCUGGUGUCGAUCCAAUAUCUCCGAGUGUGUUUCAAUUUAGCACGGUCCCAACAUUUUUUGGGGAGCCAAAAAGCAUCGCUUGGGGACAAGGCUGUCUCCAAAGUCCUCAAAAUGACUCUUGUGAAUGGUGACAGUGGCCGUCUAUUGCUAGAACUACAAACUCGGAUUUGCUCGACUGUCUCGAUCUUGAGGCAUAUUUUAGCGAACAAGCCAUUCUUCGUCGAACGCCCGUCACUCCCUUUAGAACAAUACCAUGCCAAAAAUUCACACCUCGCGUUGGCCAAGCGAUUCGUGGUUCGAGCCCUUCCUAAUGUUGUUUUUGCUAUACAUAAAACCAAUGGCUAUGUAUACCGCGAAGCAUGAUGCUCAAUGAUCUUUCGUAGACCCUACUACCGAACUGGCCGCUGGGUUGCUUCUACAUGUUCACGUUCAGUCAGUGGUACAAUUGUGAGAGAAUGAGUCGGUGGAUGGGAUUCCGAAGUGUGACGUCAUCUCUUCAUUUGCUGCGGCACUCAGUCAAUGGUCAUUGCUGUCAAUGUGUCUAAAUCUCGCUGAGCAAACGUGUAGGAGGCACAUAUGAUCCUCUUCUCCCUUGAGAGUUUGGCUUUUCUUCAAUCAAACUCGUCUUCGUGCGUUGAGAGUGCCCUUCAAUUCUGAGAAGAGAAUGGGAUUUGCAAUAUUUUUCUUUUGAUCCAAGUUUUUGUGCACUUUUAAGUGGAAAAAAAGUUUUCCUUUAUGCAGGUUUUGGAGAACGACAUCAUUAGCCGCCUCUUUGGUCCUAUUUAAGCCUUGUCAGAUUGUUAUUAUUAUUUCUCGUUUCGUCCCCCUCCCUCUCCUCUUCCUAAACGGGCCCUUCUCUCUCGAUCCCUCUCUCCUCUAUCUAAGCUUCUAUGGAGCUCUAAAGAGUGAAGCUUGAAAGAUCAUCCUCGAAAGGAAAUCACAACUCGCAGUAAUAUCAUCACCAUUGGCUGGCAGGCAGUACAGUACCAACGACACACCCUCUCAGCUCUAAAGGAGCUUUAUUCAUGCUGUGACGAAAUUGAGAACGAUUCUUUCUGUCCUUCAUUCAUUACCGAAAUGAUUGUGCGCCAAUACACUGCUUAUGUGUUCGAGUAUCGAAAGUGACCGCACAUGAUCGCACUUAGAUUGUCCCAACCAGAGUGCUUCUCAUAUUAUUACCAUUAUUACUACAAUUGUCACUACUACUCUUGCUACUACUACUACUACAAGAGCAACAACAACAACUACUACUAUUACUACUACCACCCCAUCACACCACCAAUAUCCCCCCGAAUCCCAUUACCUAUCGAUCAACCCUUCCUUCCAUCCUCUGAUGAGUUAUGUCUUAACCUCCACACCUCUGGCUCCAAACUUCAUACCCUCAUGAGCUCGUAAAGAUGUAAUCCCAAUUCUGUUUUGUAUAAAUCUUUCCAUUUCCAUAGUCCAAUUCCGUUUGACAAACCAGGUGCACCCAAUUUUCACAUUCAAAAAGCAAUCUGACCUUCCCCGCCCCUCCCCUUUCCGGUACAGUCCUUGUAUAGCAAAUGGACAAGAACACGUUAAGAAUGAUCCCAUCCCCACUGAUGCCAUCCUCACUAAUGCCAUCCCCCAAACCGCUAUUGUUGAUUCUCACGUUUCUUUUAUUAUAACCUUUGAUUUGACGUUGUCUUUUUUGUUGCCUCAUUUUUCUCAUUUCCCGUCGUUCUCUUGACCGCAAUGACAUCUUGGCCCUUGAAUGUGCGAGUUUUCCUCAACAGACGAACCCGUGUCGAUUGGAAUCACUCGACAUUCUCGAGUACCACCCACCCACCCCUAUACCCUCUUUCCCUCGCCCGCCUCUUUAUCAUCAAGAAACCCCCAUCGAAGCGGGUUUGCGAUGGACUAAAUGGCAUUUUCAUUCUCUGAAAUUCCAAGGCCAAUUCGACGAUGAAAUAAAACCUGCAAAGCCAUGGCGAAGCUGCAAGGUUGAGAGCGGGUUGAAAAAGAAUAGAAUUUCCCCCUCAAUGCAAGGGUGAAAUGGCGUUAGCAUUCAAAACAUAUGGAAAGACAAAAGGUCAGAAUGCAAGGACAAGGAGAUCGAAAAUCAUGACGAAGAUGUUCAAUGCCCGACUGACAUCGAAUUGAAAAUGUAAUCAGAAACGCGUGUCUCCCCUCCCCCUCAUUGACUAAGAGUCCCCAAAAUUGAAAGACGGAAUACGAAGGUGAUUACGACGAUUAAAAACCAGGAAGAAGAAGCAAAAUAAAAAUCAUACUACACGACGAUUAUCAAUCAGGUUUAGGCAAAUAAAUAUUGAGCGGUGUUUUUAA